AUGGGUAAGUUCCAUGCAAGGUUGUAUCAAACCGACCGUGCGCGGGACUUUGAUCAUGAACAGGAUCGAUAUGUUCGCAUGCGCCAAAUCUACGAGACCAUCGACCGGCAGGGCUAUCAAUGGAUUGUCGUGCUGGUCGCUGGUCUCGGUUUCUUCCUAGACGGAUACACACUCUUUGCUAGCAAUAUGGCCCUCCCCAUGGUCUCCUAUGUCUACUGGAGAGAGGAAACCUCGUCCGUGAGGCUGACCUGGAUCAACAUUGCCACCCUCGCUGGAACACUCCUCGGCCAAGUGAUGUUCGGGUUUUUGGCCGACAAGUACGGACGCAAGAAGAUGUACGGAGUGGAACUUGUGCUACUCAUCACCGCUACCGUCGGUGUGGUCAUGUCCUCUACAGGGUAUAAUGGAAGCAUGGAUGUCUAUACGUGGCUGAUUUGGUGGAGGGUUCUAGUCGGCAUCGGAGUCGGUGCUGACUAUCCUCUCAGCGCGGUUAUCACAUCUGAGUUCGCUCCCACGAAACACCGCGCGCGUAUGAUGGCUUCGGUCUUUUUUAUGCAACCACUAGGACAGAUCGCAGGAAAUCUUGUCUCCCUAGUUGUGAUUGCCGCCACUCGUCACAACGGCGACGCCGCCGACAUUGCUCGUAGCGUCGACAGCAUGUGGCGCUGGGUUCUUGGGAUUGGUGUUGUUCCAGGCGCCAUCGCCACGCUUUUCCGAUUUGCCAUCCCCGAGAGUCCCCGGUAUCUUCUCGACAUUGAGGAUGAUCCAGUCACGGCUGAAUUCGACGCAACUACGCUGUUCACUGAGCCGCCCAUGAGCCCUUCCAUUGAAUCCGCCAGUUGGGAAACAGGAAGCAACAUCCAGCUUCCAGCUGCCUGUUCGAUGGGGAGUCCGUCCGUUAACGAGGAUGAUAACUCUCACGAGUAUGGGCGUCCACCACCAGCAACCCUCAAUUCGCACUGGCGCCUCGCCCGGUCAGAUAUCGUGCGGUAUUUCUGGACCGAGGGAAACUGGCGCAGCCUGGCGGGCACAUCAAUUGCCUGGCUUCUGCUCGAUUUUGGGUUUUAUGGAAUCGGUCUCUCAAGUCCCCAGUUUCUUGCCAAAACCUGGGGCUCCCUUCGUAUCAACAGCGAGUCCCCAUACUGGAUGACGGAUGACCGGCCCGGUGCCAACAUCUACCAGAUGUUUUUGGAUACGUCAAUCCGCGGCUUAGUUAUCCUCAAUAUCGGCAGCUUCGUCGGUGGUCUUCUGUUGAUACUCCUCGUGAACCGCCUUGAUCGCGUGGCAUUGCAGAAGUAUAUGUUCCUUGCUCUUGCAGCCUUGUUCAUAGCCCUUGGCACUCUGUUUAUUACAUUGUACCAAGGACCGCCUGCCGUGAUAGCGCUCUAUAUCAUUGGACAGGCACUAUUCAACCUGGGCCCCAACGCUACAACUUACAUGAUCCCCGCCGAGAUCUUCCCUACCCGUUACCGGGCGACCUGCCAUGGUCUCAGCGCUGGUGCUGGUAAACUGGGCUCCAUCCUUGUCCAGAUCUUUUCUGCUUAUUAUCGCUUUGGCACUGGCGCCGGGCCCGAACAGACUCGUCGCCACGGCUGGAUACUCAUCGUAUUCAGCGCGUGUAUGAUUAUCGGUGCGGCCGUGACGCACUUUUGGAUCCCGCCAAUCCAGCAUAAAGGUAGUCGAGCCAAGAUCUGGGGCGGCCAGCCUGAGACAUUGGAGACGCUCUCACUCGGGCGAAUGGGGCGGCAGAGUCGUGACGCGGCUGUUCGCAAGCGUUCGGCGCGCGGUCGGGCAUUUUCAAUUAGCAGGUAA